UUGGAGCAAAAACUAUAUAUAAAUAAUUUUUUAAAAUGUAUUUUUUCUUCUGCAGUCUAAAAUCUAAAACCCACGUCUUGCAUCCUUCCCACUGGAUGCGCAUUAUGUAACUUCCACCACCAGGAGAGGUCUUUGACCUCUAUCCACUAACGUGUCUGAUUUAAAAAGGCUUUCAAGGUGUUCUAGUUGGUGGCAGAUCGAAACAUAAAACUGAGUUGAAAGAACCAUGUUUACCACGACGAAAUAAUAGGUUUAUUUUCAUCAUUUAGCACCUGAAAAGAACAUGUUCAUUCAAACCAGUUAUUAUUUUUGCAAAGGCUGUGGAGUGAAAUGCAGCGAACAGUAAAAGCGUACCCUUUAUCAAGGGGGAAUCAAAAAGAGCUACCCUUUCUAAUAUAAACUAGGUCACACUGUCUGGGACAGGACAAAUCACUUUUUGUUUUUUCUUCUGUCUCCUUCCAGUUUCAGCCACUGGCGCCUGUAUAGGAAAAGAAUCAUUGUGAUAAUUGCUUUUUUUUUUCAACUUUUUUUCUUUCUGGAAUAGCUUCUAAUCUUUCUCCAACCGCACCUUGGUAUCCAGGGCAGCUAUGUAGCGUUCAUGUCCUUCACACAGAUAGAUAGUAGAACAAAUUACAGGAAGUUCCUGUAAACGAAAACGGGAAAUGCUGCGGCUUUACAUAAAAAACAAAACCAAACCGUGUUUUUCUAAUAUUCAAGGCUUAUAAAAUAUGUCCUUCCUCCUCUUACUCAAAUACAAAUGAUACAGUUACAGCAGAAGUAAUGUCAGAUAUUGCUGUUAAUGAUAUUACACCAUAAUUAACAAUGCUGUACUGUGUAUAGUGCAGCAGGUUGAGACUGUGGAGAUCUGUGGAUGUAGAGUUCAUUUUUCCAGCCCGGCCAUGGUAUUUCCUCAAAUUGGGAGCCUUUGAUUUAGACAGAGUGUGUAAACCCUGCCCUGAAAGGUGCUAUAUAAAUUCAACUAUGGUGUUGUGCUGUGAUUACAACUUGUUUUAAUAUUCUUCCCAGGGUCCUGGGUCAUUAUUAAUCUACUGGGGGGUUGCUAUCUGGAGAUAAUCUCCAGGUUUGUCUUCUGUAUGGCUGUUUGCUGUGCCUAAACAAGAUCUUUAAACAAAAAGGCAUAGAUAGAUGAAACUCAGACAGGUAACUUCUGGAGUAUCCUCCAGUUGAUUCAUGGAUAUAGUUUCUAUUAAAUGAAGGGCUGGAUCCCAUUGUAAAGAUCACAGAUCUGUUUGUGUGUUAACAAUAAUAAAAACACAUUCAAAUUUGAGUUUUAUACUUGUUAUUAUCACAUCCUCACCCACAGCGUAAGAAAGUAUCUGAAAAUAGGAGAAAAACAUGAAUGACCCAAGUUACUAAUAUUUCAACUAUGAAUUUGUCCCAUUUAACUGAAAUGACAGUUUCACUGCAAACAAACAUAAAAAAAAAAACACAUAAUUACUGUAUUUCCUGUUCGUAACCCCAAAGUCUGUAGUGGUGUCUAAUCUAAAAACGUAAUUAAAGAAAAAAUGCCUUUUAACAUCUUGCAAUCAGUAAGGCACACGAUUUAAGAAAACAAACAAAUAAGUGAAAAACAAAACAGAAUGCCUUUGUUAUUGGCUCUGUCGUAGUAGGGGGUGGGGUCAUUCCUUUUGAUCUUUAGCUACAAAUUCUAUAAGGAGAGCCAUAGUCUAGCAACUUUCCAAAUCUUAACCUUAGAUACUCAUUCAGCGUUUGCCUGGAUAAGGUUCACGUUUCCAUAAUGACCAGACUGAUGAACAUGCUACUAUUUCCACUGCUGCUGUGGGGCUGGGGAAAACAAACCCUGGGAAAUACAGAAGACGAAGACGAAUUUCAAAAUCAGGAGAAGUACUACAUCUUUAAAUGCAAUGAGACCCUACUGUCAGACUACAUUACCUUCUGCUGGGUUCCCUUUCAUGGAGAGAUAGCAAUGCAAAAUGAGAACUGGUGUAACUGGACUAAGGUUGCAUGGUACUACAGUGACAUGUCAAACUGCGCUGAGUACGUGUCAGAGCUUAUAGGCUGCUACUUUCCCAACGCGAUCGUGGAGAACUUCUUUGUGCAAAUCCACUCCCAGUACUUCUCAAACUGCACCACGGAGGAAGAGGCCGUCUACGCUGACCCGCAAGACGAGAUGGUCCUGGUGCUCACCAUCAUACCUGUCUGCAUCAUCCCAGUUCUGGUGUCCCUCGUCAUCUGGAAAAGCAAAGUCAAAGAAUAAAAGCCAGGACGUUUGGGACACUUUGUGGGAGCAUUUCUGCCUGUCAUGAAAAAAUAAAUAAGGAUUGUUUUUUUUUGUUUUUUUUUACUGUUUAGGUUAGUUCACUGGCUGGCUUUUCCACUGGCACUUAUUAAAUUGAAAAUGGUUCAAUUGAGUCAUAUUAUAUUUCCCAGUUUUAAGUGCAAUGAAAGAAAAUGUGGCUCGUUUAUUUGACCGUGUACACAUGCAUAGUGAUCACAGUGCAAUGGUGGCACUCGUGUUCCCCUUACUGAUACACACCUGCCUGGCCCGAACAUGCAGCUUGUUGUAUGGUAUUGUUUAUACUGUAUUGUAUUUCCAGGGCAGUGUGGGUGAUCUAAACAUAUAUAGCAUAAUUGAACCAGAUUUCAAAAUACAAACAACUCUGAGCUCCAAACACUGCUACUGUACCAAAGCCAGUCUGAUUGUAUUUCUGUUGUUUCUACAGAUUUCACAGUAAAACAGCAAACGAAUUCUCUGAGGCGAAGCCACUUAUCUUUGGUGUAAACCAUUUGCUAUUUAUUUUCCAGAUCCACAUGUAUGUAAUCAUUCUAUUUUACUUGCAAAUUGGGAGUUGAAUCAAUACAAACAUACAGCACCUCCAACAUGCUGUUCUAUGCUGCUAGUCAACAUCAACAAAAAGAACUACAAAACUUUGUUUGUUCAAUUAACUUUUAUUUUGAAACAGAUUUAUAUCACUCCUGAAAGUUUCAUUGAAUGUUUUAAUAACGUAGAUUAGGCCUACGGUCAUUCAUUAUUAAUAAUAAGUGUGUACUUCCUGUGUAUGGCUGGUUUCACAAACCCUGACUAUCUCUAAGUGUGGACUACCUACAUUAACAUUAAAAAGACUAGUGCUAAUGGGGUCCUGUGAAACCAGCCAGUGAUAAAUGAGCUAAUUCAGUUAGAUAAACUGAAUUGCAAAAAUUAGAGGGAGUGGUGACAUGCAGCUUAAACCACCCAUCACAGGAAAUAGGAACAUCCUGUCAUUUAAACAAAUAGAUAAAAAAAGAAAAAAAAUUUCCGUACAAAGGUUUAGACUUAUAGUCUAGUUCACCAGAGAGACAGGAAUUAAAACAACCUUUAAAAUGAG